CUCGCGUCAUUGACACGCGCCUCAUGUUUACAGACAGUCGUCAAAAUAAUCCAGUUUCCAAAAAAAUCAGCUGUUUAUAUCCGAAAAACUGUAGCCAUCAUUUAUAUUUUUAAUGUGAGUGAAUGUGGAGGGCAAGCAUAGAGUGAAUAAGACGAUCACCGUGGAGAUAAUCCGCAUUUUUGUUUGCAAGUUUUGUGAAAAUCUGUGAUCUAAAAUGUUGAUGUGAUUGUGAUGAUGUGAGCUCCAAAAAAAAUAAAAAGUUGUCAGAGGUCAGAGUCAGCUUUUGCAAAACAUGGCAGAGUCCUAAUGUGAGCAGUCAGACAUGGAUGAGGAAGAAGAUCUGGACUCGCUUGGUGAACAACUGUACAGUCUGAUUCACCCCAAACACAAAGACAAUGCUGGGAAACUCACAGGUAUGCUGCUGGAGCUACCGGGUCCUGUCCUCAGUCAGAUGCUGCAGGAUGAGGCCACGCUGACCGCAGCCGUGGAGAAAGCCCUCAGAGCCCUGCAGCUGGAACAGGGGCCAAGGUACAGCAAAGGCAAGGUGCCGUGUAAGGACGAGGAUGAUGUGUCGGCGUCCUCGGACUCUCUGGGCGAGCAGCUGUUUGAGUUGGUCGAUGUUUACAACACCGGCCACUCGCAGAAAAUCACAGGAAUGCUUCUGGAGCAACACAAAGACGCAGUUUUAAACCUUCUCUCAGACCCAAAGCUGCUGGAAGAGCAGGUGAACUGUGCCCUGAAGACACUGAAAGAGCAGAGCGUGGAGGAGACGGACAUUAGCGACUCGUCAGACGCCGAUGACACAGAGAGGCUCGGAGAGAAGCUGUUCUCGCUGGUGGAGGAACUAGAUUCACUUCAUGCAAAUGAUAUUACAGGUAUGCUCCUGGAGAUGGACCGGGCCGCUCUCCAACAGCUGCUCGGUGACCGCACGAUGCUGGAGGUUGCUGUUCGGAAAGCACAAGCGGCUCUGGACACUCGGAGUUGAACUCUUUCUAUUUGAACAGAAGAGGAUGACACACAGAAGAACACAGUAAUAAAUGAAUGACGUUAGUGAAGUCAGAUAAUAUAAUCGGAGAUCACGAUAAUACAAAUCACAUAUAUUUUAUAGUCUGAUGCAGAUUGCUGAGUGAACUGCGGACAGUCUAGUAAGCCUCUUCUUAGCUGACAUCGUCCCUUUCUAAUACGGGUGCUCACUUUGCUAGUACGUGACCGAACACGAGUGCCAUUUAUCAUUGAAAAUAUUUAUCCAUUCAUCGUGCUCCACCUCAGAGCCAAAACUCCACAACUGUUGCUUGAUGAACUUGUUUACAGCGGGCUGUAAGAGAGGACUGAGAGUCUAUAAAAAUAGAAAAGUGUUUAUCGAAGUGUUGCCAACAGUCCUGCUGUGAUUAUGUAUGAUUUUUGUUUUUGUACUGUAAUCAUAAUGAUGUAACUUCUAAGUUGGUGAAACGUCUUUGCUAACAGAAAAUAUAGCAGAUUAUACACAAA